AUGGCAUCAAAUCUGAAUCCAAGAUAUGCAUACACAGUGGUUUAUGUUAGAGAUGUAGCCAAAUCUGUUGCAUUUUACGCCAAGGCAUUUGGUUAUCCAGUGCGCCGCUUAGAUCACUCUAACAGAUGGGGUGAGCUGGAGAGUGGGAAGACCACAAUUGCAUUUACACCCGCGCACCAACACGAGACGGAUGAUUUGAGUGGCGAGGUGCGUAUGCCACAAUCUAGCCAUGAGAGGAACCCGAUCGAGGUCUGUUUCGACUAUUCAGAUGUGGACUCUGCCUACAAGAAUGCUGUAGAGAAUGGUGCCGUACCAGUUAGUGAGCCUGAGAAGAAAGAAUGGGGACAAAAAGUUGGGUACGUUCGAGAUAUCGACGGGAUUGUGGUGAGGAUGGGGAGCUACGUGAAUCCGUCCGAAGCACAUCAUUGA